GCCGCCUGAGCCGCAGCCGCCGCCGCCGCCGCCUCCUCCUCCUCAGCCGUCGCCUCAGCCGCCUUUCCCCUCAUGGAGCUGUCGGCCAUCGGGGAGCAGGUGUUCGCCGUGGAGAGCAUCAGGAAGAAGCGCGUGAGGAAGGGGAAAGUGGAAUACCUGGUCAAGUGGAAAGGAUGGCCCCCAAACUGCACAACACGGGGGCGGAGCCAGCAGAGUCUGCUGCUCCCGAGGUACAGCACGUGGGAGCCGGAAGAGCACAUCCUGGACCCCCGCCUUGUCAUGGCCUAUGAGGAGAAAGAAGAGCGAGAUCGGGCCUCCGGGUAUAGGAAGAGGGGGCCCAAGCCCAAGCGUCUCCUGCUGCAGAGGCUGUACAGCAUGGACCUGCGCAGCGCCCACAAGGUCAAGGGGAAGGAGAAGCUCUGCUUCUCCCUGUCGCGGCAGUUUGGCGGCGGCGGCGGAGGCGGGGGCGGCGGCGGGGCGGGGAAGGCGGGCCCGGCCGAGCUGGCCCCAGAGAAGAGCGGAGUGGGGCCGGCCCUGCCCUUCCCGUUGAGAAAGCAGCGCAAGUCCCAGAAGUACCUGCGGCUGUCCCGCAAGAAGUUCCCGCCCCGUGGGCCCAGCCUGGAGAGCCGCAGCCGGCGCCGGGAAUUCUUCUUGAAGGAGCCGGCGGCCCGGGAGGCCCUGCAGGCCCCCGGCGAGUGGGAGCCCGCCGAGCCGCACCCCGGCAAGGAAGGUGCGGACCUCCCUGAAGGCGGAGCCCCCUGGAUCCCCGUGGUGCCCCCCAGCGAGGUGACCGUCACCGACAUCACCGCCAACUCCAUCACCGUCACCUUCCGAGAAGCACAGGCGGCCGAGGGCUUCUUCCGAGACCGGAGCGGGCAGUUCUGAAUCACCGUUUUUACUCUUCUUAAACGGUUUUUCUUUUGGCUUGGGGAGGGGCUUGGGGCGGGGGAGGUGGUGUAAUUAUUUUAUUUAAAAAAAAGAGAAAACACACACAAAAAGGGGGGAGGAAGAGAAGGAGAGGAGGAGUCAAGAAGGUCUCAGUUCCGGGCUCUGCCUCACUAGGAGGUUUUCGGGGAGGUUUGGGGCCCUCCGGGCGGAUCGCCUUGUUUCACAGCCCUGGUUGGUUACCUGGCUCAUCUGCCCUGAGCCACGGGAGGAGGGGCGGAGGCGGAAAGGAAGCGGGAGCGGACACUUCUCCGAGUCCGAGUUGGGGCUGUCUAUUCCGUGGCCGUUUCCUCACAAGGGCUUCCCCCUCCACGCCCCCGUGGCCACACUGGGGCUUCGGUCGUUUUGGAGCGGGGGGUCUUGGGCACGGCAGACCGGACGAAGCUGCCAUUUGAGGUUCCUCCCGUCCCUCCUCUCCCACCCUCUGCCCUCAAGAUGCCAUUGGUCCUUGCUGAUCUGGCCCUUGCCAGAGAGUCCUCAACUCGGUUCCAGAAUCAGUGCGAUGGCGGAGGCAGGAUAAAGCCCCCAGGUCUCAGCACAAGAAAGCUUCCUUUGCACAGAAUGAGCUUCUAGCUUUUGUACAGACUAAAUGAAUGUAUUAGGGGAGGGGGCUGAGGGUGCAAGUGGAUUCCAAGCAGAUGCCUUUUCAGAGUGAAUGCCUGGGUAAACGGAGAUUGUAAUACAAGGGGGAGGGCGGGGGAGAGUUAUAAUCGACGCAAAGUGUGGUUUUAUUUUUGUACUGAUAUCGGUAAGAGACUGUACAGCAUCUAUUUAUUUAGAUGAUUUAACUGGUAAAUGUGGCAAAAAAAUCUAAAAAGAGAAUAUUAAAGAUGAUGAUGAAGAAUCUGGA